GGGAACCCAAGUAUUUGCAAUAAUUGCAGCUGUCAUUGAUCAUUGACGCCUCUUAAUUUUACUUUUCACUUUCACAACUCACUUUAUUCAACUUUUUUGACGGCUAAUAAUAAAGUCAACUUUCCAUACCGCGCUCUUUGCGUUAGAUUUCUACCGUCUUUGUUCAAAACGUCUCCUCAAUCUUCCCCUCUUCCUUGUAUUACCCUCAUACCCAUGCCCAUUAUCAAAUAAUUUGCACAGCAUUGGCGAAGCUACUGCGUGCCUAACGCAUCUAUCAUCUGUCAAGCUGCCUCCUGUCCUUGGUACCCGAACGUUGGCUGCCUCAACCUGGAUCAGAUUUAACCUGGUUCGAUUCUCACCGGGGUUCUAUUGGUCUGCUGUUGUACCACCACACACACCUUUCUAUCAACAUAAGCAGUGGUAUGUAAGAAGACUCCUUGUCACGUCCUUGUCAGACUUCAUCAUCCGAGACUUGCAUUCCCCGGAUCGAGCACAAUACAUUCUCUCUCACACCAUACACCAUGAUACCUUACGGAUAAUACCCGUUGUCCGGUACCCCUCGAUCACCAAUGGUCUCGUGCCUCUUAGCAGCCUUGCCAAUACGAGCACCGCGAUAUACGAGUCUUUCAUGACACUAUGAUCGGUCAGGCUUCAGCUCAGGCAUCUAUCUUUGCCAUCAUUGCGGCCAUUGUCACCAUACUCGUCACGGUUUAUCAAGAUAAAGUCAGAGAUAUCGGCUACUUUCAAGCCGUCUUAUCUAAGCCGUUCUCGGUCAAGAUGGGCUCACAAGGCCCGAAUGUGCGGUUUCGUAGGGUUCAACAAUUCAACACAGAUUAUGCCCACGCAACAAUUACCCAAUAUGAAUCCGAAAGGAGCGGAAUGCAGGUCAUUGUAGCCGACCGAGAAGGCCCAAAGGUCAAUGGUUACUUCACCUUGGCUACUGAAAUCUUUGACGACUCAGGGGCACCCCAUACCCUCGAACAUUUGGUCUUCAUGGGUUCGAAGAGCUACCAAUACAAAGGCUUAUUAGAUAAGCUAGCCUCUAGGGCUUAUGGAACCACCAAUGCCUGGACGGCUACUGAUCAGACGGCGUAUACUCUUGAAACUGCUGGAUGGGAAGGCUUUGCCCAGAUUCUGCCUGUCUAUCUUGAACACCUGAUUUUACCCACUUUAACAGAUGCGGCGUGUCUGACCGAAGUUCAUCACAUCAAUGGUGAAGGUAACGACGCCGGCGUUGUCUACUCAGAAAUGCAGGGAGUACAGUAUACGAGUGGGGAGCUCAUGGACCUUCAAGCUCGACGCCUUCUCUACCCAGAGAAUGUCGGGUUCCGAUACGAAACAGGCGGUAUGAUGGAAGCUCUGCGAGUUUUAACCCCGGAGAGAAUACGUAGUUUCCACAGGGCUAUGUAUCAACCGCGGAAUAUGUGUGUUAUUAUCAUUGGCGAAGUCAACCAUGACCACCUUCUCAAUAUAAUGGACCAAUUCGAGGAAAGCGUCAAGAAUGAUAUUCCCCCUCUUAACGCCCCAUUCAAACGACCUUGGAUAGAAUCUGCACAGCCACCUCCACUCAAGAAAACGGUUGUCGAGACAGUCGAGUUUCCGGAGGAAGACGAGUCUACUGGCGAUAUGGUUGUUGGAUUCUUCGGACCCAACUGCACCAACGUUAUUGAAUCGACUGCUUUGAAUAUCCUCUUAACUUACCUAAGCGGAUCUUCCGUCGCAGUGUUAGAGAAUGUCAUGGUUGAAAAAGAAGAGCUUGCUAGCUCCAUCUCGUACUUGGUGGAUACCCGGCCAAAUAGCGUGAUAUGGCUUCAGCCGACCGGCGUUGCCACGGAAAAGCUAGAAUUUGUCGAGCAGCGCCUUAUCUCUUUGCUGAAGGAAGUUGCCUCUAAGCCAUUAGACAUGGCCUAUAUGAACGAAUGUAUCCAGAGGGAACGACGUCAGGUGAAGGCUCAAGCAGAAGAGUCCGAGCAAUACUACGCAUUAAAUAUUGUGACGGAUUACCUCUUUGGCAACCGAGACGGCUCGACCCUCAAGGAACUCGCGAGCCUUAGCGAAUAUGACCACUUGGAAAAGUGGACCGAUGAGCAGUGGCGGUCCUUUCUCAAGACAUGGAUCUCCGACGCCCAUCACGUAUCGAUUCUCGGAAAACCGUCUCUCAAAUUGGCUACAAAGCUAAAAGAAGAUGAAGUGGCAAGGAUUGAGAAGAGGAAACAAGAAUUGGGCGCCGAAGGUCUAGAAAAACUGGCCAAGAAACUUGAAGAUGCCAAAAAGCAGAACGAGGUUGAGAUUCCGGCUUCAUUACUUGAGAAGUGGCAAGUGCCCCCUGUUGAAUCAAUUCACUUCAUCGAGUCCCAGACCGCCCGGUCCGGUUUGGUUCGGAAACUUGGAGUCCAUGAAAACUCGGCGCAAAAGAUCAUCGACAAGACCUCGUCUCCUCGCUCGCCCAUUUUUAUGCAAUUUGAAGACGUUAGGACCAACUUCGCGCAUAUCACAGUCCAUAUCGGCACCUCCAAAAUCCCUGUCGAGCUCAAACCCCUGUUGUCGAUAUUUAGCGACAAUUUCUUCAAUACGCCUAUCAAAUGCGGAAAUGAAACUCUAUCGUUCGAGCAGGUGGUUAUGGAGCUGGAAAAGGACACGGUGAGUUAUAGCCUAGAUUCGGGAAACAAGUUCGGCGAUUCAGAAAGCAUCCUCAUCCGAUUCCAAGUCGAACCAGAGAAGUAUGCUACCACCGUCGAAUGGAUCCGUAGGAUGAUGUUCGACAGCAUUUUUGACGUUACUCGCCUAAGGGCUGGUAUUGCCAAGCAAUUAGCGGAUGUACCAGAAGCGAAGCGCGACGGCAGAGUCAUGACUAGUGAGGUGGAAAUUGCUAUUCAUAAUGACCCUUCCUCCCUUAUGGUAGCAAAGCGUACUCUUGUCAAGGCGGUUUACCUCAAACGGCUCAAGAAGCUUCUCGAGAAGGAUCCUGGAGCCGUAUUGUCACGCUUUGAGGAACUUCGGAAGUCCCUCUUUACCCCCGAUAACCUCCGUAUCCUGGUUACAGCUGAUAUCUCGAACUCGAAACUACCCGACCCUGUUAAAACUUGGGACAUACUCUCUAAAUCACUCAACAAGAACGCCGAGGAUAUUGUUCCUAUCGUUAAGCCUUACACUCUUCUAAAUGACGAAGGCCGCAAUCCUGGCUCUGUAGGCGCGACGAUUGUGCCUAUGAGGGCAAUUGAUAGCUCUUACGCUAUCAAUUCAGGCAAGGGUUUGACUUCAUUCUCCGAUCCAGCGGUGCCUGCUCUCCUAGUUGCUAUGCAAUACCUAGAGACUGUGGAGGGGACAUUAUGGAACGCCGUUCGUGGAAAUGGCUUAGCAUACGGUGCCUACUUCGCAAAGGAGUUAGAUGGAGGAUACUUGCAUUUCAAAGUGUACAGAUCUCCCCUGGCGUCAAGGGCGAUAACAGCAGCACGCGAUGCUAUCACGGCGCUAGUCAACGGCAGCGUAGCCUUUGAAAAGCCUAUGAUCGAGGGCGCGAUUAGCCAACUAGUGAUGGGCCUAGCAGAUGAACAGGCUACCAUGGCCACUGCAGCUGUGCAGAACUAUAUAAAUGGUGUUGUAAGAGGGCUUGAACCUGAUUAUAACACCAAAAUGCUUGCGAAGGUCAGAACGGUGACUGUUGAAGACAUCAAGCAUGCCAUGAAGACGUUCCUCCUACCCUUGUUUGAGCCUGGAAAGAGCAAUGUCGUUGUUUGUUGCGCACACGCAAUGACAGAGAAAAUGGAAAAAGAUUUCCAGGCUAUGGGGUAUAAAACAGAAAUUAAGCAACUAUCCGACUUCUCUGGCGACUACGGUCUAGAGGCUCCAGAAGGUGAGGAAAAUGGCGAGGAUGACGAGGAAGAUGCUGAGGAUGAGGGCUCAGAAGGUUCCGAGGGCUCCUAUGAUUCGAAGGAAGAGGAUGAAUAGACCUUUUCUGUCAUGGAAUGAUGCGACUGGAGGCUCAGUGGGCCCGCAUUGCUCGGGUUCGGCUCGCCUCUAUACGACGUGAGUUUAGAAUAUGAGACACGAACUUUUCAAUUUACUAAAAGACAUUAGACCUUAGAACUAAAUUCUCGAUGCGACAUGUUUUCAUC